AAAAUACGAAGAAAGCGUUUCUUCUUUGCUUCUCUUGUUGGCCGUUAAAAUAUAAAUAUUGACUGUGUUCACUAGUUUUAAGAUAAAUAUUUAACUUAAAAUGUUUUCCACGAGUUCCCAAAGGAAGUUUUGGACGUUCAACGAUGAGAACGAGCUUGCACAAUUGCGGGAGAAGCACAACUUGGAGUUCAUCGCGAAGCACGGCGCCCAUGUAGACGAAUACCAGCGGUACAACGUGUUCCUGUCCCCAGAUGAAGAAAGACUGCUUCUUAGGCAGUACGAGUUGCACCUUAAAGAGUUCUGCAAAAGAUUCAGCCCGCCAAUGCCCAAAGGCGUUGUCGGCACUGCGUUUCACUACUUCAAGCGUUUCUACCUCUACAAUUCCGCGAUGGACUACCACCCUAAGGAAAUUCUGGCCACUUGCGUGUAUUUAUCGUGCAAAGUUGAAGAAUUCAAUGUUUCUAUCGGACAAUUUGUGGCUAAUAUUAAAGGGGACAGAGAUAAAGCAUCAGACAUUAUCUUAAACAAUGAACUGUUAUUGAUGCAGCAGUUAAACUACCAUUUAACCAUACACAAUCCGUUCAGACCAGUGGAGGGCUUCUUGAUUGACAUUAAAACAAGGUGCAGCCUUGCUAAUCCAGAGCGCCUUCGCAGUGGUAUUGACGAAUUCUUGGAAAAAGUGUUUUUGACUGACGCUUGUUUAUUAUAUGCACCGUCUCAGAUAGCAUUAGCAGCAGUACUCCACGCAGCCUCUAAAGAGCAAGAAAACUUGGAUAGUUACGUUACAGACAUGCUUUUCCGAGAUGCUGGUCCAGAUAAGUUGGCUAUCCUGAUUGAAGCGGUACGAAAGAUAAGGUCUAUGGUGAAAAUGGUGGAGAGUCCAGCACGGGAGCGCGUGAGAGUCAUUGACAAAAAGCUGGACAGGUGUCGGAACGAAGAGAAUAAUCCUGACAGUGAGAUAUACAAGAGGCGGAUGCGGGAGGCGCUGGAUGAAGAUGAUUUGGUGUACACCGGACACACAAGGAUGUCCCUAGAUACGAGUGGAGUGACACAAGUCCUUUCACCCUCCGCUUCUUAGUUUGUAGACUAAUUUUAUGGUAUAAUACAGAACAGAAAUCUUUAAAGGUCUUAACCUCUAGCUGCCCAGAGACCUAUAAAAAGGUCUCCUGUUCCAUUCUAAUUUAAAUCUUUUUUUUGACUAAUCAAAAUAAAAAUAAUAUUUCCUGGAAGGUUUUGACGUUUGGGCGUCUGGAAGUUAUAAAUGACAAAGCAGGUUUAUUUGUCAGCUGUAUGGUGCCUCUGUAAUAUUCAACCGCAUUGUUCAUUCAUGAUGGUCAGCCUAAUUCUUAAGCAUAAUUCUGUAGACCUAUUGAAAAAGGAUACAAUUCUCACGCAGCUUAGGUGUAAAACGGCAUAAGUGUAACAUGAAACUUACACCCUUUUACACCUGCGCUGCCCAAGACUUGACCCUUAUUCACUAGGGGCACGGAAUUGUUUGUAUUGUCCUCAUAUAAACGUAGGUUGAGGUGAGGUGAACCUUCAUGAAUUACUAGAUUUACUAGAGUUAGAUAUAAAUAGAAUUGACUUAUUCUUUUAUAUUCUAUUUUAGGUAAUGUAAACAUGACAGAAGAAGAACGGUUUUAUCAAUAAAACACUUAAAACCAA